GUCAAUUGAGAGAAAGAUCAGAAGUAAUUACAUAUUUUAAUUCAGUACUACUAAGUUUUCAAGUGCUGAUUGUGUUGAAUAGAAUAAUAUACAACCUGAUAAUAUGGAACCUGAGAAUGCGACAGCGGAAGAAGCCAUGUCAGAAGAAGACUUAAAUGAGGAAAAUUCAACAACAAAUAUUAUGACACAGCAAGCACAACCCGACGAUUGUAUUCUUGAAAAUGGAUUCAACAUAUCAACACAUUUCAGACAGUUCAAUUUAGAAUCAAACAAAAAAUCAAAAGAGUCAGGGUUCUACAUCGAUGGAGAUUUACAUCAAAUAUUGUCCUUGUCUCACGUAUUAUUACUUAAAGAGAAUGAGCAUGACGAAAGUGUAGUAAAAAGUUUUGGACUUGAAAACUUAAAUACUCUACACAAAAAUUUGCUUCAAAAAUACGUUGAUAAAAAUUCAGUAAUGGAAGCAACAACAUUCAGCAGUAUUGUAUCGGUAUUACGGGGAUUAAACAGUAAUUCCGAAAGAAGAUCAUUUAAAGAACGAAUAAAUGAUAUUGCCAAAUUCGCCAACAAUAAAGAUUACAAAAUGAUCGAUAUUUUAAUCAAUUGCCUAAAUAAACUACCAAAUCAGGAACGACUUGAAGACGAUAUAAGAGAAGCAGAGCUUACUGGUACUUUUCUCGAUCCAAUUCUAAAUCCUAUAUUUCAUGAUCCCGAGAAGAACAGAUUGUUUCGAUGGCUUAACACCGGUGUUGACGAUACUGAAUCUCUAAGGCCUGAUGGUAAUGUAUUUGAAUUAGAACAACGGAGGAUAAAGUUUUCUACUGGAUAUGUUGAGGUGAAGCCUGAUAGAAGUCGUUCUGACACAUUGAAGACACAUGAGGACCUUUCGAGAUUAGUAAAUUUCUGUAAAGACACUCUUGACAAAAAAGAUGUGAAGUCGAUGAUUGCUGUGCAAGCAGUAGGAUAUUAUGUUACAAUUUAUCUGUUCUCUCUUGAAGCCACUGGACUCUAUUUGCUUACAGAACUAUACUCUUUUAAUGUCCCGAAAUCUAUAUCUGAAUUACCCCAGUUCGUCAUGCAUUUUGAUGAAAUCAAAAAAAUAAUGGUUUGUUACGAAGAAAACUGUGUCUUGGCAAAUGACAUUCACAAGGAAUCGAGGAAGAGAAUGUCUAUUCAACAACAAAAUACUCAUAAUAUUUUGAAUAUAAAGAAACCAAAAAAGUUACGUUCAUCAAUUGCUUUUAAAUAGUUGUAAAUAUUUACAACACUCAUUUAUGUGGUAAUAAAACGCUGCUAUACCUUUGA